AUGUUGAAAUCUAUUAUAUUAUUAUCGUUAUUCGAUAUUCCACAAUGGCAUCGUUACCUCCUUCCGCUUGCUGUUUACCUCAUACAAUUCACGGUAUGUCACUUGAAAACAAGCUUUGAAAUCUCCACACUCACUAACCUAGCACUGUUGUUGACAGAGGGUAAGAGAAAAGGUACCCUCCACAAGGACCUCUAUGGGCUUCCCACUUAUGAGACUGGUGACAUCGAAUCACAAAAAGUUAUAAUCAUUGCGGUUGACAUCUUUGGAUAUGAUUUCCUCAACACCAAUUUGAUUGCCGAUGAAUUUGCCAAGGCAGGUUUUUACGUGGUAGUACCAGAUAUUCUUCUUGGGGAUCCAGUAGAUUUAUCCGGUGGCCCAGAAGGGCUUAAGAAAUGGAAAGAAAACCAUGGCCUGGAGGUUACAUUACCAGUGUAUCACAAAUUUUUGAUUGAGUUGAAGAAACAUGUUGGUGGAAAAGCUAAGUUUUUCAGUGUGGGUUAUUGUUUUGGGGCCCCAUCCGUGGUCAGUGAACUAACUGAUUAUGGGCUAUUGACUGCUGGAGCAGUUGCUCAUCCAACAGCAGUCACCAUUGAAUCAGUUGAGAGAAUCACUAAGCCAUUCAUGAUAAGUGCUGCUCAAACUGAUGCUAGGUUCACACCAGAAUUGAGACACAAGACAGAAGAGAUUUUGAUAAAGAACAAUAUCAGAUUUCAAAUGGAUUUGUUUAGUGGUGUGUCACAUGGAUUUGCAAUUAAGGGAGAUAUUAAGGACCCCGUUGUGAAGUAUGCCAAAGAGAAAUGUGUUUCUGAUGUGAUCACUUGGUUUUCUCAAUUUUAG